UUUUUUCAUUUUCAUUUUAAACGCUUCUCUCUUUUCCCCUCAAAUAUCUCUUCCGUUGGUCAGUGCGACUCGCCCGUUGCUUAUCUCAUAGAUCGCGCAUUUCCAUAUCCGGUGGCCGCAGAGAAGGCGGAGGCCAAGUUCGAUGUCAAAUUGUACCGCCUCACUCUUGAUGUACCCUUAAAGCCUGCUGCUCAUUCAUCACAUAGUGAUACCGUUCCUGAAAACACUGCUCCAUUAUCGGAAAUGCCAUCAUCCUCACUUAGCAAUAGUCAAGAUUUUCUACCCGACGGCGAGAAAUAUCAAUCGUCUGUUAGUUUAUUUUUCUGUCUUGACCCAUUUUUUUCCACCGCUCUUCUCACAUUUUUGUAG